AUGAACAACCUAUUCCCCCGCCUCUUUGCUCGUGACGACAGCAACAGCGAUGACAGCGACAGUGGACUUUCAGAUGCUAUGCUCGACCUACUCAUCGCCCUCCUGGUUCUUGUUCUGCUCUCCCUCGUUCUGAUCGGUGGUCUGCUCAUCCUCCGCCGCAAGCGUCAGUUUAGGAACAAGAACUUGCUCCCAGUCUACAAUGGGGAGUCUCCAAACAGACGCCACUUAACCAUUUCCACCAACAAAAACAACUCUGUGCUUGUCUAUGACGAGAAACGCCGCCUCAUGGAGAACUCCUACAGUCCUCCACCCAGCCCUGUGCCUGAGAUCCGUAUCACCUUCCCAGAAGAGGAGGAUGCUAGCGGCAAACGCACCUCCCGCAUGGUCGUUGUCCGAAUCAGUGACGCGGGCAGCAUUGGCUUGGAGCCCUGCCAUGAGGAGCUUCCGCCCUACCAGAGUACUGACACCGGUCGCUUCCAGUCCCUGGACAUCGAGCGGAUGGGUGGAUUGAAGGAGAAAGCCGAGACGAAGACAUAUCAUUAA